ACCAGAGCCUUUUGACAACAGCAGCCAGAAGAAGGAAUCGAAUCUACUACAAUAGAGUUGUCAAUGCUAAAAAAGAGACACUUCACGAAAGCAAAUAACCAUGCCUGGCAACGCCUUCUUUUCGGUACUGCUACUAUUGACAGCAGCAACUAGUAGAGUUGACGCCUUUUCCUCCACCAGUGUCUUCUAUCGCCAGGGUCAAAAGAGUGAUUAUCUUAAGAUUGCAACCGCACUGGCCAAAGAGCUGAUGAAUCCGUUGGGAGUAAAGAUCGAACGCUUCGUUGUGGCAACAGAUAGUAGCAACAAUGUGAUUGGCUGGGCACAAAUCAAACCAUUGGGAGAGUUGACAUCUUCGCAACGCGAUCCGUCCAAGUUUGACUCUCGGCCUGGAUCAUUGGAUCUGGAUCAAAAUGAGCAGCUGUGGGAGCUGUCAUCUGUCUAUGUGGAGUCUUCCUUUCGGGGACAAGGCAUUGGUUCCGAGCUGGUGAAACGAAUCUUGCAAAAGCGAAUUGUAGAGGAUGGAUAUUUGCCGUCCAGUAUCUACUUGCUGACAUUGGCGACAACUGUGGAUUGGUAUCGAGAUAACUUUGCCUUUGAAAGCGUGUCUUCCAGCAAUAUUCCAGGACCCAUGGCUUUGGAAGUCGCAGCGGGAAACUUUAUCACCAAACUGAUUGGGGCGCAACUCUGCUGCAUGCAAGGGACGCAACAGACUCUUGAGAUUUGCAAGAGUGUUCCAGCCUGGUGA